AGCUCCAGUGGGAGGUCUGUUGGGGGGGGAGAUAGAGGUGCAGAGUUUGUGGCUCAUCACUUCACUGUGCGAGCAAUAAGUUGUGAGGAGCGCACGCCGAGCUGCGAAUCAACUCUUCUCCUGGUCGUGGCUCCCCGUGCGUAAUUGCGCGCCUCCGCCGGUUUCAAACCCCGGCACGCAGCGAGGCUUUUGUGUGCCAUCUCUCCGUCUCACCGCCAUGGACGGGGAUAGCAGCGCGUUGCCCGACUUGAAGGAUAUAGAGACCAAGCUGGGUCGCAAAGUGCCGGACAGUCUCAUUCGCUCCCUCGUUGGAGGAAAACAUCACGACAAGCACGAGAAGUCCACGCCGCCGCAUUUAGUCAACCACAACAAGUGCUGUGCCAACUCUGGAGACUUGAAGCGACUGGAGAGCAAAAUGCAAUUCCUCAAACAAGAAAUGGCACAUCUACGAGCCAUCGACGUGAAGCUGAUGCAGCAGCUCAUGUCCAUCAACGAGGGCAUCGAGUCCAUCCGCUGGAUGAUCGAGGACAAGGGAGGCGCCGCCAGCCAAGAUGGCAGCCUGACGGGCAGCUUGUACAGCCUAUCAGACAGCCAGGACGGCACAUCGCUGCGCGGCAGCUUCAACAGCUUGAACGACGGCAACAGCGACGACCUGGACGGCCUGUCGGUCGGCAGCUACCUGGACACUCUAGCAGAAGAUCUCCCCGAUGAUCCGUCGCCCUCGGACCUCGAAUGCUUUGUGGAGAAAACUGUAAUCGACGGUGAUUCCUUCAGCAAGUCGCCGCUGAAACUCAGGGUGGAGUCGGAUGAAUACUACUGCUUUGGAUAAUGAUGCUGAGCUAAACGCGUUGUUCAAAGACUAAAGUUGUCAUGUUGUUUUUUUCCCCACACGCAUCACAUUUUUUCUAAUAUCUUACCAAAUAAGUCAUUUUGAUUUUUUAACAUUGAAACCAGCUUCCUUACGUUACCGAUUUGACACACCUCAUCAGACCUUUGCCACUUGCUACAUCCACACUAUUACGUUUUUAGUGUUAUUAACUCUGCUACUGAAGGGCCUGUCUUUUGAAAACCAUGAAGUAGACACUCGCAACCUCGUGCUGAUUGGGUCUUUUGGAGUCACGAUAUAGCCUUCGCUGAUUCGUCUGGCUCCAGCCCCCCUUCUGGAAGAAAAACAACCGUCAUUAGCCUCGGCUACCAGUGAAGAACGCAACAUAGGUUGUCCAUUCCAAGCAUUGCUGAACUCUCGGCCAGCAGCUGUUUGCAUUUUACAAUGAUACUAGUGCUUUCAUGUGUAGGAGACGAUCACUCAUGCUUUCCUGUUUACACCGACACGUGCAUGCCCAGUGUGCAUGAGCAGUCACGUGAUAUAAGUUUUCAGGCGUGUCACUAUGGACAAGGAUUAAAACUGAUUUGGAGCCAAAACGCUUGUGUGGACAGAGAUCGGUUUUCAAAAGAAAACGUAGCUGUGUGGAUGUCGCCUUAAUGUCCAAAUGCAAGUGAAAAUGCUGUAACUGUUCCUUUACGUCUUAAUUUUUUUGUUAAUAAUUCAGAUUGAAUAAACCAAAAAGGUGCAGAGAGACCGGACGUUAGCUAACACCUCAGGAGUUUAUUUUCUUCCUAGCCAAGGGUGGAUUGAAGCAGUUUCCUUCUCGACCUGUGGACCGUUCGACUGGUGUGAUUGUGCGCGAGGUCAAUCUGCAAUCAGCAGAUCUGAGUCAAGGAGUAGAUUAGGAUUUAGCAGCCAUUUGGAAAAUUGGACAUUUCUUGCCGAGCGAUUCAAGAGCCCCUGCGCUGCUCCAAGUGGCAAAGUGGUUGGUUCAAGUGUUACAGCAAGUGCAAUUUGUUUCGAUGCCAAAACGCCGAGCACCACCUACUGUGUGUGUUAAGCUAUUCAUUGUUUUUCACUUCAUUGUUUUUGACUGAUGCAAGUCCCCCUAAGCCGAGCCACACUCAGCAAGUGGAGAAUUCACGACAAGAAGUCUUACACACGGGAGAUUAGUUGCACAUUUGAAAGCACAGAUGCUUGACUGAAAAAAAACAAAAAACACAAAGCAGUUUCAUUGUCUGAUAGAUCAUUUAGGCCUGAGGCGAAAACCCUGUUAACACCAGAUGGGAGAUUUGCUGAUGGCGGACAGAAGAGAAACACAUGUUUGCUUUGUGGGCACAUUUUUGAAUUCUCGGUUGUUUAAAAAAGGUUUAAUGAGAGCUUUACAUCGCUGUGCUUAAGUGUGUUGUUUUGGGUUUUUAACUCCCAAAUGUGUUGAUUUGUUUGUAUUUGUAACGCUGCCUGCUUUGGAAAUGGCUUUAUUGACUGCUGAUGAUUUUGUUGUUGUCAGAAAUGAAAUAAUAAUAUAUUGUAACUCUCGUC